AACAUAGACUAAUUCUCAACAACAGGACUGCCUGGGGUUGAGCUGCUGUGCAGGGUGUGAACCCAUGUGGCGUGUGGUGACCCAGCUGCCCAAGAGGGCUCUGGUUUUAGAGGUGCAUUUGUGGGGUCUCUUCCUUCACUUGCUGUCUCAGGGGCUUUGGGCUCCCUUGCUUUGCCUCCUCAUGCUUCUCCGAAUGAUGUAUGUGUGGGUGCAGAAGGGGGCCAGGGUUGCGUUCACAGCCGCUUGCCCUGUGGGCUUUAGGGCCCAAGUCUGUAGUAUUUAUGUCUUUCUUCAGGGGGUUGCCUGGGCUGCACAGCUGGUGGGGAGCGGGGUGACCGUGUUCACACAGCUCUUCUGUGUCUUGCUAGAGACUCUAACACACAUUCCGUUAAUCCCUCUGUGUGAGUCAUCUGCCAGGUGGCUGGUGCAGGCAGGUGUGUGGGCUAGCAGAGGCCUGGCUCAGGUGUGGGGCAUGAAAACAUUUGUCCAGCCAUGUGCCCACUCUCUCUUCCUGGGCAUGUGCCUGUGCAUGCACAUCUGCUUUGCUGCCAUCAGCUCCAAGGUCCAUGUGAGAGUACAUGUGCCCUUCCAUUUCUCACUGCCUGUUAGGGUCCAUGCACCCCUGAAUCUGGGUGUCAAAGUGAGACUGCAGGGCAGGAGGCCUGAAGGGACUGAGGAGGGGGCAGGGGCACCUAGCAGGGAGAUUGGGAAGGAGCAGAGGCUCCACACAUCCAGAAGCCUCCAGCCUACAAGAAGAAGGGAGGUAUCACGGAGCAGAGGUGCACUCAGUCCAGGUGGGUAGGUGAAGGGGCCACUCCUUUCCCCUUGAACUUGUCUUCAGCCUUGCGGGCAGCACCUUCUCUGGACAUCAGGCCAGGCUUAGAGCUGCUUCUCCUCCUAUGAAUGGGGUAUCUUUGUCUAGACUGAGUGGUCCCUGAGGAACCCUUCGUGCCCAUGCAGGAAGAUGCAGGCAGCUUAAGUCCUUGCUGCCAAUCCAAUGAUGAUAGGCUUGUUCAGGGCAGCGCUGAGCCGGGGGCCUUCUCCACACCACCUGCCUCCCUUAGCACAUCUGCCUUCCUGUGUCCCUUUGGGCCUCGCAGCCACUUCCCUCCCUCUCCUUCCUCUUCACUCCUCUCCCUGGCGGGCUCUGCUUCUUUGGCCUCUCGAUGAUCUAGUUCCUCAGGCCCACAGUGAAUGUUUCCUUCUCUUACCCUAGGACUUCAUUCAGCAGUCUCUUCCCCAGCAUCCCUACCACCCCCAUGUCCAAGUCCCCCAGGUGUGCCACCCUGUGUCUAAGUCCCCUGGGUGUGCCACAUUCUGCUGACCUCCCGGCUCUU